AUGUCCCCUCACGCGGUGACGCCGCCGCAGCAGUCGAAUCUCGAUACCCUCUCAACGUUUCCAAAUGCCGACGCCACUUUUAACGACCAUCACCCUCGCAAUGUCCCAGCGCCAUAUCAGCAGUCAUUUGCGAUUCGCACCUCUCGACCUCACCGGCACACUAUCCCGUACGGCUCAGCUCUUUAUCCGCCACGCCAAGAGCAUCAUUUACGACGAAAGACACCAAACGGUACUGUCGAUGCCGGAUACGACGGCUCGCCAUCCUUAUUCUCCCAUGGCCCCCCGCCUUCGAAACAUUUGGUUCUACCUCGAUCAGCGACGGCUACGGCAUUUCCCCUGACGGGCCCUCCAAUACGCCAAUCUCAUUUCAAUGGGAGCAUCGACUACCGCCGACCAUCUUCGGUCGGCAAUACUGGUCUCAGCGAUGACCUGCAAGCCCGUCCCGGAUCUUCCACUUGGGCUUAUGGGAGCGAUACGGCAUUGCAUCGUGGUGCACUUCCCACUAAUCAUUAUGGCCUUCACCAAGCCGAAGGCCAAUACAUUCCUCAAGGCCAGCCAGAAGCGCCGGGGGGGUUCCCUAAUCUUUACCAACCAAUAAUACGAGCUCACGAGUACAAUGUCAGGGCAUUUUGCCCACCCCCUAUAGUCAUGAACGAAUCGCUGCCUUUUGGUCAGCCAGGCAUGCAUACGCCAUGGAACUAUCAUGGUCGACCUGGCCUGGUCUCGGCAAGGCACGUUCAACCGCAGGACUUGCGCUCUUUCCAGCAGCAUUGUGGUUCUGAUUUCGCACGUCGUUCUCCCUUUGCUUCAGGUUUUGACUCUGAAACUCAGCCUCAUCCUGGAUUCGAUUCGAGCAUGCACACACAAUCAUAUAUUCGACCACCUCAUAUGAGCAGCCAACAAGGUUUCAGAGAGAAAGUAUUGUUACAGGCGCACAGGGUCUACGUUGAUCUGCUGGCAUACGCACAAACUAUCCGGAAACCGCAGGCUUCCAAAGGAGCAGCAGGUCACAACACGUCCCCCAAGCUUCUUGUUUACCCUAAACCUCCGAAACCUUCCUUGAGAAUAUCCGAAGCCGCACUUGGGCGAGAUCCUACAUUAUUCAACAACUCUUCCGAGAAUGAUUCGUACCAAGACUUCCAGUCAAGGGGACAUGUGGUACCCUACUUCCAGGGGCCUCAUGUCGAGGCAAUUACGAAUAAAGCCGCCACUCUUUACUGUCUCGGUCGCCAAGACGAGGCCGAGAAACACUGGAUCAGAGCUGUGGAAGUGCAGCCUAGUUACUUGGAAGCUGUUGAACAUCUUGUUGGACUUCUUUACAAAAAGCGCAGCAAAGAGGCCGUCGAGAUCAUCGACCAUGUUCAACGGGCUCUAAGGGUAUUGCCGGCACAUAAUCAGCAAGCCGGUUCUCACGACCAGCUAGCGAAACCAUCUGGCUUCGCGUCCAGUGGCUAUGCCAUUCAUGGGAAAGAGAAUGGGCGUGUCCUGGCUCUCAUACACGCGAAAGGAACCAUGCUAUACAGUCUUAAAGAUGUGAACAGAGCAUCAGAGGCUUUUGAAGAGGCCGUCUUGAUCAGCGUAGGUCGCCAAAUGACUAGUAUACAGGAUCUUGUUCGUCAAAUUCAGACUGCCUUAUCUCCAACAGAAACUCCAGUCUCGCAUAGGAACGCUAGGCACGGUACUCGGCCCUUAUUACUCCCCCCUGAAAGGGCUCGUCAUACUGCACAGCUCGUCUUCGGCGGCACUGGUUCUCUACCUGGACUGCAGCAUGUAGCUGAAGGCUCAACCAAGCGAGCUGCUGUGCAGACCACCAGCAAUUCGCUGUUAUCGUUGGCUAAGAUAUUCCAAGAUUCUUUGUCAAGUGGGCAAGGAGCCCCGAACAUUCUACGUCGCCCUUCUGGGGUUGAAGAUAUCCUAGCCCUUUACUAUCUAUCACUUUCACUUCAGGAAAGCCCUUCCACGGCUAAUAAUGUCGGUAUCCUCCUCGCCGGCGUUCAACAGAUAGCUUCAAAUCCCCCAAGUCCAAAUGUUGAUGUACCUGCCCAUUCGAGCAUCCCCGGCAUAGUGCCAGGCAGCGGUCUGGCUUUGGCUUUGGCGUACUAUCACUAUGGCCUACGCCUGGAUCCCAAGCAUGUCCAUUUACACACCAACUUGGGAAGUCUGCUCAAGGACAUUGGACAAUUGGAUCUCGCGAUACAAAUGUAUGAACAGGCCGUGGCGUGCGAUGGGACUUUUGAUAUCGCCCUGACAAACCUCGCCAAUGCUGUCAAGGAUAGGGGACGCAUCAACGAUGCAAUAACGUAUUACAAACGUGCUGUGAGCUCCAACCCCGAAUUUGCCGAAGCCGUAUGUGGUCUUUCUACAGCGCUCAACUCUGUUUGUGACUGGAGAGGUCGCGGUGGGGUUAUUUUGAAAUCCGGGAAAUACGACCGAUGGCAUGUUGACGACAAAGGUCUGCUCAUUGAUGCCCGUUCUUUCGGUCAUGACAGCGGCCUUGUCAAGCGUGUCGUACGGAUUAUCAAUCGCCAGCUGAGUGACGCAUCACAUUGGGGUCGGGGGGUUCUCGAUGAGAAGAAGAUCGCCUCGUUUACGCGGCAGAUUAAGGACCUGGGUCUGGUCACAUCAUUCGACCCUGAGCAAGCUCUUAGGGAAUGGAGCAACAAACCAUGGGAGGGCUCACGCGUGAUACGUUUGAUAGAACGUGCAGCUCGCGCAACACAAUGGAAAUGGUAUCAGGAUCAGCACGUCUCUGGCAGUCAAAAACGUACCCAGUACACUCGGCUUCGAUUACCCAGCGGGCUCAGCGUCCCUUCAGCACCAACCGUCCUACCCUUUCACACCUUCACAUGCCCCCUAUCAGCAAAGGACAUUCGAGUAAUUUCUCAGCGUAAUGGCAUUCGAAUAUCUUGUUCAACACUGCGGCUGCCAUGGCUCCCUUCCACCGUCUAUCCCCCACCACCUCCUCCUAACCCACACCUUAACAUAGGAUACGUAUCGUCGGAUUUUAACAACCACCCCUUAGCUCACCUGAUGCAAUCUGUAUUUGGAUUCCACAAUCCAAGUCGGGCACACGCCAUUUGCUAUGCUACAACCGCAAGCGAUCGAUCUGUCCACCGACAGCAGAUCGAAAGGGAGGCUCCUGUUUUUCGUGACGUCAGCAGUUGGCCCGCAGAUAAACUUGUAGAGCAAAUUAUCAAGGACGAGAUUCAUAUCCUUGUCAACCUCAACGGCUAUACAAGAGGGGCACGCAACGAAAUUUUUGCUGCACGACCUGCCCCGGUCCAGAUGUCCUUCAUGGGCUUUGCCGGUACUCUGGGUGCUGAGUGGUGCGAUUACAUCCUGGCUGAUAGCACAGCCAUUCCGCCAGAGACCCUACGUCCCUGGCGUGGAAACUUCAAAAUCGCCGACGUUUUCAAGGAUGAUACGGAGGGCGAGGAGGAAGACUGGAUGUACUCGGAAAAUAUCAUAUAUUGCCGGGAUACUUUCUUCUGUUGCGAUCAUGCUCAGUCAUGCGAUGCGAAUGAACGAUCAGUUACUUGGGAACAAGAGCAGAGGCGUCGCUGGAAGAUGCGAAAGGAGCUUUUUCCUGCUUUGAGCGACGACACUAUCAUCAUGGGCAAUUUCAAUCAGUUAUACAAGAUCGAGCCUACGACCUUUAGAACAUGGCUUAGAAUUCUGGCACAAGUGCCAAAGGCAGUGAUAUGGCUACUUCGAUUUCCGGAGCUCGGGGAAGCCAAUCUGCGGAGAACUGCUAAGGCCUGGGCUGGUGAAGAAGUGGCCAGUCGUCUGAUCUUCACAGAUGUAGCGCCAAAGAGUCAGCAUAUCUCGAGGGCUCGUGUGUGUGACCUGUUUCUCGACACCCCUGAGUGCAACGCCCAUACGACAGCGGCAGAUGUUCUCUGGUCAAGCACGCCCCUACUUACGCUUCCUCGAUACCCGUACAAGAUGUGCUCUCGUAUGGCCGCAUCAAUCUUGAAGGGCGCUCUGCCUAAAUCAAACGAAGGCCGAGUGGCUGCAGCAGAACUGAUCGCCGGAAGUGAAGAGGAGUAUGAGCAACGCGCCGUUGAACUCGCCACCGGCCUCAGUUACACCAUGUCCACGGAUGGCUAUGGUCACGGUGGUGGCCGCUUGGCAGAUAUACGCAAGUUGUUGUGGGAAAGCAAAUGGCACUGCGGGCUCUUCGACACGAAGCGUUGGGUGAAUGACGUUGAAACAGCCUAUGAGCAGGCGUGGCAACGAUGGGUUGCUGGCGAAGGCGGCGACAUUUAUUUAUGA